GGCGCUGCUGUUACGUCAAGCGGAAGUAUAAAUAUUCUAUACGUAAUCUGUGUUCUAUACAUUGUAAGCAAAGUAUCUCUGUAGUUUCUGUCAGAGGUUUCUGUUAUAGUCUGUGGAUUGGAGUUCGGAUUCAUUGAAUUAGGUGUUGUGGUACUUGGUACACGUGAAACUUGUUAUAUCGCAAAAAAAUCUGUAAGUAUCAGUACAAUGCCGAAGGUAGCAGUCUACUACUUCCCCCUUAAGGCCUUGGCGGAGGGCUUGCGGAUGCUGCUGGCGUAUGGCGGCCAGGAGUUCGAUGACAAGCGAAUCACAAAGGAAGACUUCGCUGAACUCAAACCAAAGAUGCCAUUCGGACAGAUGCCGGUACUUGAGAUUGAUGGUAAGCAGUACGCGCAGAGCACAUCAAUCGCGCGCUACCUCGGCCACAAGUACGGGCUCGCCGGCAACGACAUCGAGGAGGACUUCGAGAUCGAUCAGGUCAUGGAGUUCUUAACGGACAUCCGCAUGACCGCCGCGACAGUCCGCUACGAACAGAAUGAGGAGCUGAAAGCUAAGAAGCAAGCUGAACUGCUGGAGACCAAAUACCCCUUCUACCUGAAGAAACUCGACGAGAUCAUAACCAAGAACAACGGCUUCCUCGCUCUUGGCAGACUGACCUGGGCAGAUUUCGUGUUCGCCGGCUUAUUCGAUUGCCUUAAAGUGAUGCUCGAUAUGCCUGAUCUUGAGGAGAAGCAUCCCGUCUUCAAGAAGCCCAUCGAAGCCGUCCUCUCCAUUCCCAAGGUCAAGGCUUAUGUCGACGCCGCGCCUGAAACACCUUUUUAAAUCAUAAACCACUGAUUUAUUUGUAUUUUUAUAUAUGUUAAUAAAUGCUUAUUAUUUUAAGUAUUAUUAUAUUGAAUAAAUAUAUUUUAAUAUGA